ACCUAGUAGAUUUAAAUGCACCUUCGAUACACAACCAUGUAUGCACCGGCGGUUUACCUAGACAACACACGUGCUUCCGUAUAUCGUGUUGAAUUUCAAAUUCACACGAGUGGAUUGUGUUUAAUAGGAGAAUCGAAAAUGCUUCCUGUUUCAAUUCAAUAUGUGCUGGUUUUUCUCAAACUCGCCGCGCUUGGAUAAACAACAAAGUAUUUUGCCGCGAUCGUUACUAUCUUUAUACUAUUUUAACUACCCUGUUGCACGCAUUGCGAUUCGUGCCUGUUUAGUAAGGCACAAAAAUCUAUCGUUAGGCUCGUACGCGACUCAUUUGUUCCAGAAGCUCGUUAUGAUCAACGUCGUGAUCUUAGUUGUUAGUAUAUCCCAAGUGCUGAUUGUUCCAGCAUUUGGGGCCAACAUUCUGUGCUUAACUCCGAUUCCGAGCUACAGCCAUCAUAUCUGGAAUCGAGCAUGGAUAGAAGCGCUGGCAGCAAAAGGACACAAUUUAACGGUUGUCUCUGCCGAUGUGGAAAACAUCCCAAAGGCGAAUAUAACUUAUAUUCACCUGGAGAAGGCCUACUCCUAUCUGCACGAAGUGUUGGAUCUAUCCGAGAUGGCAAACAAAAACACCUUCGGAGGUGUUCGUGAUUUAUAUGCGUGGGGAACCGGAAUGUGCAAAGGUGUGCUGAAUUCGAACGGAAUGCACCGUAUUAUGGAUUAUCCUGAUGAUUUUAAGUUUGAUCUCGUGAUCGCGGACGUCACGCUGGGACCAUGCAUGUUUGGGCUACUUCAUAAGUUUGGAAAUCCACCGAUUAUAGGCGUUACAGCAUACAACAACCCUUCGUACACGCCCGAUUUUGUUGGCGGCCGCAAGGAACACGGAUAUGUUCCGUAUGUGAUGCUUAAUUAUGACGAUGAUAUGAACUUUUUUCAACGUGUGUACAACUAUGCCGUGUACAGCUAUGACAACUAUUAUCGCCAUAACGUGUUCUUACCGAAGAUAGAGUCUAUGAUGAAACGAUUCUAUAACCAAACACAUAUGGAAAGUGCAUCAGAAUUAGAAAAUCGGAUAUUCCUCUUGCUCGCCAACUUCCACUAUUCGGUAGAUUUUCCCGAGUCGAUUCCUCCAAACCACAUUCCGGUGGGAGGUCUACAGAUAGCGUCACCCAAACCUCUUCCGGUGGAUCUGAAAUCAUUCAUCGAAUCUGGCAAAAAAGGAACCGUGAUGUUCUCGUUGGGAACUAAUGUAAUGAGUAGUGACCUCGGCAGUGAAACAAUUGAAAUGUUCCUAAAUGUUUUUAAACAAAUACCUGAGUAUAAUUUUGUAUGGAAAUUUGAAGCCAAUUUGGAGCGCGAUCUUCCAAAUAAUGUUCUAAUCCAAAAAUUCCUCCCGCAAAAUGAUAUUCUUGCUCACCCUGCUAUGAAGGCUUUCAUAACACAUGGAGGAAUGCUGAGUACACACGAAGCCACCUGGCACGGUGUGCCAUUGGUAGGAAUUCCUUUCGUUUGUGAUCAGUAUCGAAACCUUCACAAAUCAGUUCGUGCUGGAGCUGCCGUGAAGUUGGAACAUAGUUCACUGACAGAGCAGAAGAUCAAAAAUGCUUUAAUCGAAGUUCUAGAGAACCCGGCUUUCCGCAAAAGAAUGCAAGCGAGGUCAUCUCUGUUUCGAGAUCAACCGGAACUUCCCUUGGAGCGCGCUGUGUGGUGGAUGGAAUGGGCCAUUCGUCACCCGAAUUCAAAACAAAUCCAGUCGCCUUCCAAGUGGAUGAGUGCUUGGAAAAGCGAGCUGUAUGAUGUGAAAGUAUUCCUUCUUGUUAUUUUAAUGGUAGUUGUUGUAUGCAUAAAAAUGUUCAUAAAAAGAAUAUUAUUGACCAACCCGAACGAUUCUAGACUAUCAGAUAAGAAAAAAAAUCAAGUUCCUGAUGAUUCUUGUGACGAUCCCGAUUUUGACUUCAAGCGAUGUGACUUCACUGCACUGAACAGUCUUCUUUCAGGUGUUGACUGGAACGAAAUCAUUGGCGCAGAGUCAACAAACUGCGCAACGGCAGUAUUCUAUGAAAAAGUUUACGAGAUCCUUCGCGAUAACGUUCCUCGCAAACGAAGAUGUCAAGCACCCAGUUUUAAGCACUCAUGGUGGACGUCGGAGUUGCGACGUCUCCGUAACAGCGUCCGCAAAGCCCGAAAAGUUUACUUUCGAGAAAAAUCCAGUGACGCGAAAGAAAAGCUUAAGCAUCUUGAAGCGUGCUAUAGUGAGUGUCGAAUAGCAGCUUUUCGCUCUUAUACAGAUCGAAUUGAAUCGAAUUUGAAACAGAAUCCGAAAAGCUUCUGGUCGUAUGUGAAAAGUCGUAAAAGCGGAUCGCAUAUUCCGGAGAAUGUAUCGUAUGGUGACUUAACAGCUGAAGAAGCGGCUAAUCUGUUCGCAAAUUUCUUCCGAAGCGUGCACAGUGAUGACCCACCAGCAUUCUCUGCAACAGAGUUUAACAACAUUUCGCCGCUAAACGUAAGUUUGCCACCGUUAACCAUCACUCCGAAUGCUGUUCUUUCAGCCCUGAAGAAACUUGACAUCUCCAAAGGCGCUGGUACCGAUCGUUUGCCUCCAACUUUCCUAAAAGAGUGUGCCGAAUCUCUGAUGACUCCGCUCAGCCUCAUCUUCAACCGUUCGCUGAUUGAACGAUCGUUCCCAACUAUGUGGAAGACGGCUUCGAUUACUCCCAACAAUAUCCUAGACGGUGAAAUAAAUGAAUAUAAUCUGGACGGUUGUGGUGGAUCAAGAGCUUGGUCAGAACAGUGCGAUCCCAGUACAGCUCGAAACUCUCAUUUUCCUGGACAGGUGCAGGCAAGUACCGGUAGUUUGAUAAGCGACUGCUCGUUUAAGUCCGUUCAAACUAAUAAUCGAUGUUGUAACCUUUUCCGACAAAUAAUCAUGGAUCAAAGAGUCAAUCUUUACACCAUAAUUACGUUAACACUUUCUACCCUGCACAUAACAAAUGGGGCGAAUAUAUUGGGCAUUAUGACCGUCCCCAGCCCGAGUCAUCAUAUCUGGAACCGUGUGUGGAUAGAAGCUCUCGCCGAACGUGGACAUAACGUAACAAUCAUUUCAGCCGAUGGCGAUAAGCCGAGAACGAAUCUUACCUAUAUGUUGUUGGAGAAAGUAUACCCUUCACUGACCGAAGGACUUGAUUACAUAGAAAUGUCGAAAGAAUCUACGUUUAAAACUGUAUUCUCAUUCCUCAACUUCUACACAAGCAUUUGUGAUGCAAUGCUCACAUCAAACGGAUUGGAUGACAUUCUUGGGUACCCCAAGGAUUUCAAAUUCGAUCUCGUAGUGUACGAUUUCGGUUGUGGUCCAUGUCUGCUGCCUCUACUACACAGAUUCAAGUAUCCACCGUUAGUAUCACUGACACCUUUUGGAAAUCCUCCCUACUCGGUGGAUGUGAUUGGCGGACACAAACAUUACGCCUAUACGCCAUACUUCGCUCUCAAUUACGUUGGUAAAUUGAAUUUCAUGCAGCGCGCGUACAACACAUUUAUCAAUCUACUUAGCUCGGUAUACCGCAAGUUUUACAUAAUGCCAAAGGUCGAUCAACAAGCGAGAACGAAAUUCAAAUACUCCGAUAUGCCGUAUUUGGAAGAUUUGGAACAGCGUAGCCAAAUUAUGUUGGUCAAUACAAACCCUAUCAUGAACGCUCUGGAACCCCUUCCUCCAAAUGUGAUCGCAGUGGGAGGUGCACACAUAAAGGACCCGACACCGUUACCUGAGAAACUCGAAAAUUUCAUCCGCGGUAGUGCCAAAGGAGCCGUUCUAUUUUCUUUGGGUUCAAACGUUCGAAGCGAUAAAAUGGACAAGCAACGCCAGUUGAUGUUCAUUGAGGCGUUCCGUCAAAUGCCUCAAUAUCAUUUUCUGUGGAAGUUUGAAUCAGAUCUAGAUUUGGAUUUACCACCGAAUGUGAUGAUUGAACGAUGGAUGCCGCAGACCAGUAUUCUUGCGCAUCCGAAGACUAAAGCGUUUAUAACGCAUUCCGGGGGAUUGAGUACCCAGGAAGCAUCGUGGUUCGGAGUGCCGCUGAUAGGGAUGCCGUUUUUCAUGGAUCAGAUCACAAAUUGCCGACGAGCGGUAGCUGAAGGUGUGGCAGAGUCCCUGGACUUUGGAUCGUUGUCCGUGGAUAAAAUACGAAACACCGUAUUGAAGGUGCUAGAAAAUCCAAAAUAUAGGGAAAACAUGAAGCAAAGAUCGAAGUUCUUCCGGGAUCAACCCGAAAAACCACUCGAUCGAGCAAUCUGGUGGAUUGAGUUCGUCCUCCGGCAUGGUGAAAUUGAGCACCUGCGGUCUCCAACGCUAGAUUUGGGUACAGUUCAAUCAAACCUGAUCGAUGUUUACGGGUUCUUUUUAUUUGUUCUGUUGGUUGUUUAUAAAAUGAUUGUAUACUUGUUGGGGAAUUUUUCCUAUAGGAAGAAGAGUAGUAAGUCGUUGAAACGAGAUUAACGAUGAAAUUCUCUGGUGAAUAUAUUAUUUUUUCAUGAAAGAAAAUUUGUAAAAUCAAUACUAACGAAUACAACCACCUAAUAGUUAA